CGAGGGGAGGUGGGUGGGGUCGACCGCCGGUCUCGGGACCUUCUCGCGUUGGCCGGCGCCCGACGCAGCUAUGGCGCGAAGGUCGAUCUGGCCUGGGCUUCUCGCGCUGUUCCUGCUCGGCCCGGCUCUAGUGCGCGGCUCCAGCUGCCUGCCCCUGGUCCUCAACACUUGGCCAUUUAAGAAUGCUACCGAAGCAGCAUGGAGGACAUUAGCGUCUGGAGGUUCUCCCCUGGAUGCUGUUGAGAAUGGCUGCACUGUGUGUGAGCAAGAGCAGUGUGAUGGCUCUGUGGGCUUUGGAGGAAGUCCUGAUGAACUUGGAGAAACCACACUGGAUGCCAUGAUUAUGGAUGGCACUACAAUGAAUGUGGGAGCAGUAGGAGAUCUUAGACGAAUUAAAAAUGCUAUCGGCGUGGCACGGAAAGUACUGGAACAUACCACACAUACACUUUUAGCAGGAGAGUCAGCCACCAAGUUUGCUGAAAGUAUGGGGUUUAUCAAUGAGGAUUUAUCUACCAAUGCUUCUCGAGCUCUUCAUUCUGAUUGGCUUGCCCAGAAUUGCCAGCCAAAUUAUUGGAGGAAUGUUAUACCAGAUGCUUCAAAAUACUGUGGACCCUACAAACCACGUAAUAUCUUAGAGCAGGAGGAUCCUACCUAUAAAGAAAAAGGAGCUAAUCACGGUCAUGAUACUAUCGGCAUGAUUGUAAUCCAUAAGAUGGGACAUACUGCUGCUGGUACAUCUACAAAUGGUAAAAAAUUCAAAAUCCAAGG